UUUUUCUCACAUUCGUAAAUAGAAAUUUUUGCAUGCACAAGCACAUUACUCUUAUACAUAAUAAAGACACAUUUAACAUUUAACUAAACUACUUUUAAACUUCUACUACUUGUGAUAAUUUAAAAAAAUGGCCCGUGGACAUCAGAAACUUCAGUCGCAGCAGAAGGCACAAGAGAAGGCCGCCAAGAUAAAGAAACAGCAGGGCCACGGGCUCAGUGAUCAGAUGAAAGCCGCCCAAAAAGCGCUUGUCUUUUCCUGUGCUGUGUGCAAGUCCCAGAUGCCUGACCCCAAGACCUACAAGCAACAUUUCGAGAACAAGCAUCCCAAGUCUGAGAUGCCAGCUGAUCUGAAGGAUAUAUAACGCAACUGCCGGAGCGACGACUGUGUCCGUGGAAACAGCAGCCAACAAUGCUAAUCAUUCUUGUUCAUAUAUACAUAUAUACCUACAAAGCCCAAUCCGAGAACACGGCGAACCCGUCGUUGUCUUCGAAGUAAAUUAAGAUGUUCUUACUGUACGCUGAGAGACAAUUCUACAGUUUGUUUUGCCGCAGUGAUUGACAAAGGAUAUUAGCAAAAAACAAAUUAUCAAUACUAUUUAUAGAAUAACAACAUUAUCCACUAACAUUACCAAUCUACAGUGGUUGAUAGCAGUUCUCCAUGAUAGUUUAAAUUAUUUCGGCAACAGCAACAAAACAGCUAAAAAUAAAACAAACAAAAAAAUAAAUGUUUGGAGUAAUGUGUUGCAAAAAUUUUUAACUCUGCAUCUCUACAGUUUGUUCAAUAAAGGAUACAAAACUUA